AUGACAGGAGAUGAAUCAAGAUUUCUCUCACUCACGGCCUUUCCAGGAGGAACUGUGACCUUUGGUGAUAACAAGAAAGGCAACAUCGUUGCAAUUGGCAAAGUAGGAAGGUCAAGUUCCCACGCAAUUGAUAAUGUUUUCUUAGUCGAGGGUUUGAAACAUAGUCUGCUUAGUAUCUCACAAUUUUGUGAUAAAGGAAACUCUGUAAGUUUUUCUUCCGAAAAAUGUAAAAUCAUCAACAAUAACACUGGAAAAUUAGUAUUGGAAGGAACUCGUAAAGGGAACACGUAUACUGUGGAUCUCAAUACAGUUCCAACUUAUAAUCUGUCGUGUUUGAGUGUUAUUGAGGAUGAUCCACUUUUAUGGCACAAACGUUUUGGACGUGCUAGUCUUUCACUGCUAGACAAGUUAAGGUCAAAGGACUUAGUAAUUGGACUACCACUUAUCAAGUUCCUAAAAGACAAAACUUGUGAAGCCUGUAUUAAAGGAAAGCAUGUUCGAUCGUCAUUUAAAUCAAAGAAAAUGACACAAAAAUCUUUAGGUAAUCAGCUUAUUCAUAUGAGAUCUGACCAUGGAACGGAAUUUGAAAAUUCCAAGUUUGAUGAGUUUUGUAGGGAACAGGGAAUAAGCCACAAUUUCUCGGCACCUAGAACACCACAGCAAAACGGUGUAGUUGAGAGAAAGAAUCGCACAUUGGAAGAAAUGGCACGAACAAUGUUGAUAGCAAGUGGGCUUCCAAGGAACUUCUGGGCGGAAGCUGUAAAUACAGCAUGCUACAUCAUCAAUCGAGCCAUGCUUAGACCAAUGUUGGACAAGACACCUUAUGAAUUAUUGAAAGGAAGAAAGCCUAAUAUUGCUCACUUAAGAGCUUUUGGAUGCAAAUGUUUUGAAUAUGAAGAUGGAGGUUUUGAGAUUGGUCUGGUUCGUUCAACAAAUCAAGAUGAUGAAGUACCCCAUAAGCAGCCAACAAGAGUAAUCGAAAAUCAGGAGGAGGAACUCACUGAGCAAGCUGAAGUUCCCACUCCUGAACCUCAAAACGAGGAACCUGAAGAAGAAAAUAUUCCAGAAAAUAAUGACAAUGAGGAGGUUGAAGGAAUAGAAGAACAGGAGAAUCGUGUUGAUGCUCAAUCCUUCCAACCUAAACCAUGGAAGCACCAAAAGUUAGAAGCCAUUCGUAUUCUAAUAGCAUUUGCUGCUUUUAUGGGUUUUAAACUUUAUCAAAUGGACGUAAAAUGUGCGUUUUUAAAUGGUUUAUUAAAAGAACAUGUUUACGUUGAACAACCCCCUGGAUUUGAAAAUCCGAAUUUUUCAAACCAUGUUUUUAAGCUUGAUAAGGCUCUAUAUGGGCUGAAGCAGGCUCCUAGAGCAUGUGAAUUUCAAAUGAGUAUGAUGGGGGAACUCAAUUUCUUUCUUGGACUGCAAAUCAAACAAACUGAAACAGGUAUUUUUAUACAUCAGCAAAAAUAUGUCAAGGAACUAUUGAAGAAAUAUAGCCUUGAAAACGCAAAGAUCAAUAAUACUCCUAUGGGGACAAAUGUAAGAUUGGAUGAAGAUUCCCAGGGAUGUAGGUCUUUGUGCAAGGUUCCAAUCAAACCAAAGGAAUCCCAUCUAACAUCCGUCAAAAGAAUAUUGAGAUAUUUAAAGGGAACGGCUGAUCUAAGUCUCUACUAUCCGAGAAGCGACACUUUUGAUCUUAAGGGAUUUGCAGACGCUGACUAUGCUGGAGAUCUGGUAAAUCGCAGAGUACCUCAGUUAAGAGAUUUUGGCAUAAUUCUUGAAUGUGUACCUAUUUACUGUGAUAAUAGUAGUGCUAUUUGCAUAUCUAAGGAUCCAGUACAUCACUCUCGUGUUAAACACAUUCACAUACGUCACCAUUUCCUUAAAGAUAAUGUUGAAAAAGGCUUGAUUAAAAUGGACUUUGUUAACACUGAAUUUCAAAUAGCUGACAUUUUGACUAAGCCAUUGAGUAGAGAUAAAUUUGAAAAAGAUGAGGUUGGAACUUGGUAUGAUCAAGCUAAAUUGAGAACAAAUUGGAACACUUCUUCCCUUCCAAAAGAUCUGAAACCAAAGAAAGGGAAAGAACCAUCCCAAAUUGCAAUGGUUCUUCCUCCUUCAAUGGCGCCCCAAGCUAAGAGGACAGCAAGGUCGCGUUCAACCACGAAAGCCGGAUCAUCUAAAGGUUCUAAGAAGACCAUGCAAGCAAGGAAAUCCACCACAAAGAGCAAGGUACGAAACCCUCUUGAAAGGGAAAAUUUCCUUCCUGGCUAUGCUCUAAAUUUGGAUUGGUGUGAAUCUGUCAAUUUUACUGAGUUAUUGGCCUCAAUUGAGUUUCAAAGAUGGUCUUUAUUGUUUGAUUCAUUCGCAAAAACUCCUAUAUACCCGUAUUUAAUGGAUGAAUUCAUCUCCACUUUCGAAUGUGUUAGGGGUAUGUGUACUGCCAAAGUAAAAGGAAUAAACUUGCGUUUUGAUACCGAAGUACUUGCUACUCUGUUUCAAAUUCCAAAUGUGGGUAAUGACAACUAUGUUAAAAAUUCCAGAAAAAUCGAUGUUAAUGGAAAUUCGGCCAUUGACAUUAUGGGUUAUUUGGGAUUACGUCAAAGAAAACCACAUUCAAUCAAGACAUUCUCAAACCUUUCCAUAAGCUUCUGUUUAAUUUUGUGA